GCUCUUUUCUCGUGUCCUGCUAGGCUUUUGGAACAUCAUAGUCUGCACCUUUCAAUUGGCCAUAUUCUGUGGAGAAUCUCAUCAAUAUUAAAUAGAAUUCUGCUUUGGAAUGAUAAAUAUAUAAGAUUCAUAAUGUUCAUUUUGAAAAUCAGAGUCAAAAUAUCCUAAACGUUUUAACAUUUGUGGGAGGAAACAACAUGGAUUUGGGUAGUGGAUCAAUGAUCAAAAAUUUAUCACAACAAAAUUCUUGUCACAAUAAUGAAGGUCCAUGUUUGUUGCCUUUGAAGCAGCAAGAUAACAACACCAAAGGGAAGCGUUUGUGGGAUGGAAAUACAAAUGCGACCUCGACUUUUUCAACUGUCAGCAUUAUGAAGCUCGCCAAACAACGUUUGCUUCGGAUCAAGUCGCGCGAUGUCGGAUCGGGUGCUGCCUCCUUGCUUAUUGCUAGUGAAUUGGAAGAUCAAUCUGAAUGUGACGCCCUCCCUUCUGGAGAAGCUUCAGAAGAUAUGGAAUUAGCAUUACUACUUCAAGCAGCGGCUGAGAAGGUGGCGAAUCGUCAGUGGGUUCAGGCUCAAAAGCUGCUAUCACUUUGUGAUUUAUCAGCUUCCAUAAACGGCAAUCCUGUUCAAAGGGUUGUGUACUAUUUUUCAGAAGGGCUUCGUGAGAGGAUUGACCGUGAAUCAGGAAGAUACCUUGCUGAAGAAUUUGGAGAAAGGUUGAGAAUGAAGAAGCCGUUGGAUGUGCAACAGGCUGAGAUUCAUUUGCGACCUGAUUUGAUGGAAUGCCAACAAGAAUUUCCACUUCAACUAGCCUCGCAAUCUGCAGCCAUCCAGGCGAUCCUGGAUGCCGUGGAACGUUCCAAAAGGGUUCAUUUGAUAGAUUUUGGAAUCAACAACGGUUCACAUUGGACUCUAAUCAUGCAGAAUCUCGCGAAUCGAUAUGAUUGUCCGCUUGAAAUUCUCAGGAUAACGGCCGUUGGGAGCAGUAAAGAGAUGUUGGAAGCGGUAGGAAAUCAGUUGUCGUCUUUUGCUAAGAGCCUUCGAUUACCUUUUGAAUUUCUCAUGGUCAUCUCAGAGCUGAAGGACCUCAAACCAGAUCAUUUCGAUUUUCAACGCGAUGAAGCGGUGGCGAUUUAUUCCGAAUUCAGGCUUUCAACUCAGUUAGCCUGUCCAAACCACUUGGAAACUCUCUUACAGGUGGUUAAGAAUAUCAAUCCAUUCAUCAUGGCGAUCAUAGAAAUCGAAGCAACCGUGAACACGCGGGACUUUCCGACACGAUUUUACAACGGCCUCGUAUUCUGCAGUGCAGUGUUUGAUGCACUCAGGCAUACCCUGGAACACAGGGCUACGUUUAGGAAAUGGAUGGAAGAGGUUGUGUUCUGCCAGAUGAUUGGAAACAUGGUUGCAACCGAAGGCCGCCGGAGGUUAGUCCGAUUCGAAAGCAUUGUAUUCUGGAGGGAUUUUUUGGCCAAAUGUGGAAUGAUGGAAACAGAGUUCAGCAACUUAGCAGUUACUCAAGCAGGGAUUUUGCUUAGAAGAUGUAAUAAGUCCAGUUCUUGCAGCAUUAACGUGGAUGGGAAAAGCCUCAUCUUUGGAUGGGAAGGGACGUCGAUACACUCUGUAUCUGCUUGGAAAUUCAAGGAUCACUAA